GACCACAUAUAAUAACAGGUAACUUUUGUCUUUUCUGGAAGCGUAUGAAAACCACCAGCGAUAUUUUGUUAACAGAAAUCUCACAUAGUCUUCCAUUAUCGAAGGAUGCGUUGAUAUGAAAAUUGCACUGUUAACUAUCCAUGGUUUAGUAAGAGCAGAAAACGUAGAGCUUGGAAGAGACCCAGACACAGGUGGUCAAAUAGUAUAUGUGUUGGAACUGGCAAAGGCGUUGGCUCAGCUUCCAAUUGUUGAGUGGGUUCAAGUUUGGACAAAAUCGAUAAAGGAUGACAGAAUUUCUCCGGAAUAUUGUCAAAAAGUAGAACCACUGUUGAAAAACAUCCCACUUGAAAGGGCUUGUAUUGUGAGAAUUCCUUGUAUGGGUUCCGAGGAUUAUAUUCCCAAAGAGCUUAUGUGGGAUCAGUUGGACCUUAUGGUGGAUGCCAUUAUACGAUAUGCAAUGCAAGAAAAUAAAGUUCCAGACGUAGUUCAUUCUCACUAUGCGGAUGCUGGUUAUGUUGCCAUAAAAGUAUGCAGUGUUCUGCAGUGUAUUCAUACUCACGUAGGUCACUCAUUGGGAAGGACAAAAUUGUCCGUAUUACAGACUUCAGGAAUGAAAAUGGAAGAAAUAGAAAGUCAAUAUCAAAUGACAAGAAGAAUAGAAUCCGAAGAAUGUUGUCUCGAUUAUGCAUCACUCAUUGUCACAUCUACUGCAGAUGAAAUUGAAUCACAGUGGGGUUUGUACGAUCAAAGGAGAAGAAGUGUAUACGUUGUUAUUCCUCCGGGAAUUGAUUUGACAAGAUUUCAUCCGCCCAUUGGAGAAGAAUUGUCUGCUGGUGAGCAACCUAUGUCUUUGAUUAUUCCAUUCAACUUUCGUCCAGAUCAUGAUUCGCCCUUUAUCAGUCGUCAUACUUCCCGUUUUCUUACUAAUACGGAUAAGAAGGUUAUACUGAUGAUAUGUCGCCCUGACAAGAAGAAGAACAUUGAAAAUUUGAUUCGAAUAUAUGGCCGCAGUGAAUACUUAAGAACCAAAGCAAACCUUGUUCUAAUACUAGGGAAUCGAUCAGAUGUCGACACAAUGGAUAUUCAUUCGCAGGAGAUUCUUUUGAAUGUGUUUAAACUAAUCGACUUGUAUGACCUUUAUGGAAAUGUUAUGUAUCCGAAACAACAUGAGCAACAUGACAUACCUGAAAUUUAUCGUUUGGAAAAAAGAAAAGGAGUUUUUGUAAAUAUUUCAUGGUUUGAACCUUUCGGCUUGACCCUUUUAGAAUCUGCUGCGUCAGGGCUUCCUGUUAUUGCCACUUGUCGAGGAGGUGCUGCUGAAAUUAUUCAAAUUUUGGGUCAUGGAAUAACUGUAGAUCCAAACAAUUCUUCAGAAAUUGAAAGAGCUAUUCUGUCCAUAUUAGAUGAACCGAGUUCUUGGGAAAACUUUAUGCAUAAUGGUUUGAAGAAUUUGUAUCGAUUUUCGUGGGACUGUCAUGCCAAUCAUUUUUCUCAGUGUUUGCUCUCUUUAUUGAAUCAAAGGAUUGUACAGCCACUGAUUUGUGCAAAGACUUGUUCGGACAAAAAGGUUUUGAUUUGUGACUUGGACAAUGUCUUGUUGGGUGAUUAUGCUUCCAUGUCCAAAUUGCUCUCUAUUUUGGAUGCUAUUCCAAGUAACUUUGUUGAUAAGAUAGAGCUAUGGAUUUGUACAGGUCGUAGUAUAGAAUCUUCUGUUCAGGUAUUGUUGCUUUGGGGUGUUUAUAUUCUUCCAAAGGUUAUCAUUUCUUCGGUUGGUACCGAAAUUUACUUUUUGAAGAUGGAUGAAUGUCAGAUACCUUGUGUGAAACAAUCAAGAGUAUUUAAUAUAUCACUUAAAUGGAAUGCUUCUAAACUUCGAGUUGAAUGGCAAGGAGAUGUUGUAAGUGAGACUUUGAAACCGGAUGGAAGCAUCUUGCAAAAUUCUGCAUCUUCAAUAACCUCAGAGGAACUAUAUUCUUCUUGUUUCUAUUUAACAUAUGAAAAGGAUGUAGAAUACUUUCAGUUUCUAAGCUGCCGUAAAGACUGGGACAGGCAAAAAAUUCUUAGCGUUAUCAACAACGAGUGGAAUACCUCUAUGAGACUUCAAAGCUCUGACAAUCAACGUGAAUUUAAAAUAUCCUAUGAUUUGAUAUCUAAUGUGCAGUAUGAACGUAAUCUUUGUAGUGUUCUGCAACAGCGUCUGAGACGAAGCGAGCUCUGUUCUUCGAUAUGGAUAUCAUUAGAGAGACAUAUUGACAUUGUGCCUGCGGGAAUUAGCAAGGGCGUCGCUAUAAGACGUGCUGCACUUUUACGAGGAGUACUUUUGGAAAAUGUAUUAGCAAGUAUUUCAGUUGGUGCUGAUAUAGAUCUUAUACGAGGCAAUAUUCGGUUGGUGGCUCCAGCCAAUCACGAUAACUGUGUACAACAAUAUUUAGAGUCAAGUCCUCCUCCUCAAUUAUACUUUGCUAAAAGUUCAUUUGCAAAAGGGUUUCUUGAAGGUAUCUGUCAUUUUCGUAUUUUCGAAAGCUUUGGAGGAGUUAUCGCUACGGACGAAGCUAAUCUCUCUUGUUUGGUAUUUCCUCCAAAUAUUUCAUCGUCCACAAGAGCAAGAAAUUGUGAUUGAUAUCUUGUCAUAGAAUAAACUCAACCUCUU